CAUUAAAAUAAAAGAAACUUAUUUACACACAUAUAAAAAAGUGAUUUAUAAUUUACAAUGAAUUUAGAAAAAUUCUGCCAUUAUUUACCAAAAUUGGAACUUCAUGCUCACUUAAAUGGAUCUUUAAGCACGGAUACUUUAAAAAAAUUAUACAAAAUGCAAAAUUCUGAAUUAGGAAGUUAUGAAAAUGUAUUUAUGGACAUGAAAGAUUUUUCAUCAUUAGACGAAUGUUUCAAAGUAUUUGAUAUAGCACAUUCAUUGACAGUAACACCAGAGGCAAUUUUUCAUGCUACUUAUAACACAAUUAAAGAAUUCCAAGAUGAUAAUGUAAUAUAUUUGGAACUUAGAAGCACACCUCGUGCUAUUCCUGAGAAAAUGUCAAAACAAGAAUAUGUAGAAGCAAUCAUAAAAGCAUUUGAAGUUUGCAAAAUUGAUUUUCCAAAUAUAUUAUUGAAAUUAUUAAUAUCUGUUAAUCGUAAGCAAGGAUAUAAAGCAGCACAAGAAAACAUAGAAUUAGCAAUAAAUUUUAUGAAGAAAUAUCCACAAUAUAUUGUUGGACUUGAUCUCAGUGGAGAUCCAAUGACAGGAAGUAUUUUUUUAGAAUUAUUAAGAGAAGCUAGAAUGGCUGGACUUAAAAUAGCAGCUCAUUGUGCAGAGGUUUCAAAUGAAACAGAAACAAUAGAUAUUCUUGAAUUUAAACCAGAUAGAUUAGGACAUUGUACUUGUGUUCAUCCUACAUUGCAAGGGACGAAUAAAUUAUUUAAUCUGCUUAUUAAUUCAAGAAUUCCUGUAGAACUAUGUUUAACUUCAAAUGUUCGAUGUAAAACUGUACCUACUUAUGAAUCUCAUCAAUUUAAAUAUUUGUUUGAAGUUGGUCAUCCUAUUUGUCUUAGUACUGAUGACAAAGGUGUCUUUCAUACAUCUUUAUCUCAAGAAUAUAAAAUAGCUAGUUCAACAUUUAAUUUAAGCCGAGAACAACUAAUAAAACUUUGUUUAUCAUCCGUACAAUAUGCUUUUGUUACAUCAGAAGAAAAAGAAGUAUUAUUAUCUAAGAUCAAAAAUUUUUGUUGUAAAGAGUAUACUAUUAAAGAUUGAAAAUUUAUUAUAACAAAUUUAAUAACUUAAAUUAAUAAAAUUAAUAAAAUCAAAAUUUUAA